UUGCAGACCAGGAAUCCACACUAGCUCUAAUCAGAGAGCUCUUGGUGUGCAGGAACUGCCAGUUUGCCGACGUGAAAAGAGCCCCAGACUGGGUAAUGGUGAGCCUUGAAGUCGCACCCCAGCUCUGCCACUCAGUGAGCACGGCAACAUCCCUAAUCCUGACCAGCCAUGGAGAGGUUCGGUUCUUACCAGGAAAAUGAGUGAAUGUGGGAAUGGCUCACCACAUUGGGAAAACAAAACUCACAUCCUGCUGAUGGUUGGCUGAGGACUGUCAUGUCCACAUACAAAGAAAAGCAUGUGGCACAGUUUUAGGACAAAGGUCGCAGUGAGUUCUGCAUACCCUUGGAGUACCACGGUUUCUGAGCCUGGAAGAACAUUCCUACGUGGAUAUGACAGAAGCAUCAUUUGGUGUCCAAAACAGCUGGCGUUUCAUUUGAGUUACCUUGGAGAGCUUUGGAUCUUGAGUUCUCUGACCCCUGAGGGAAUAAAACCUUAACUAUUUGGAGAGAAAAUAGUUUGGAUUUUCCUGUGAUGCUUUUGUUUAAUCCUUAGGAGUCAGUGCUGUUCUGACUUCACACUAGAUGAGAUCUGGUCAUUGAGUGGUACCAAGCCAGUGGGUGCAUCCUAGGGGAGGAAAGAGCAUUUCACCCUGCCUAUGUCCUGCAUUCUCCUUCAUCCCUCCCUGCUUGCUGCCAGGCUCUAACAUGGUACUAAGAGCAGUGAUCCUGUAGGCAGGGCAGAGCCAAGACUGAUCUGGACAGCUACGUUAAGGAGUGCUUUUUCUUUUUUAAUGAUCUGCUUAGAUCCAUUAGAUGAAAAAUAUCUUUAAAGAAACCAGCAUAAAGUAGAUUGGGUUUUUUUUUUUAUUUGCUUCAUUAAAACUUUUAUCAUGAAAGAAACAAUAGUUUGCCUGAUGAACAACCGUUCUACCUAGGAAGGGCAAAAGCAACUACAGUGUAUUAUGUAUUACAGAUUUUUAGUGAGUAUAAAUCACUGUUGAACAUAGCAAGUCAGUGAGUUUAAGAGGCUUUACUUGCCUUGUCAAAUAUAACAGCAUGUUAAUCAUUCUUAUUAAGCUACUCAGCAGUUCUAGCCUAUAGAAGCAUGAAACCAUAUUUUAAAGUGUUUAUAGCCCUUCUAAAUUGUGUUUCUGCAAAACUCUUCCUAUUAGAUGUCUGGGUGUGUGUGUUUGUCUUUUAAUGAAGUUGAGAUUUAGUGACUCCAAUAGUUUGAAUGCCACUAAGACAUUUCAACAUAAAGAACUCUCCAAAACUGACCUACACCUUAUAACAGCAUAUUGUCACCUUGAGAGAUUCUUGCAUGAAAAGGACUUUUAAUAAAAGAAUUUCAGCAACUCUGGGUUCUCUCACUUAAGGUGUUAAGUACAGCAUUACAAACUGGAAAAAAAAUUACAAACUAGAAUUGUUUUUUGUUAGUAACAGACUGGAUGAACCUCUGGAGAGUCUUACGGCCUAUUCCUAGUGGCAGGAUUGGGAUGCAGAAGAGUACUUACUGGUAUGGUUUUGUGGAGUUUGAUGAUCUGCGAGAUGCAGAUGAUGCUGUUUACGAACUGAAUGGCAAAGAUCUUUGUGGUGAGCGAGUAAUUGUUGAGCAUGCCCGCGGCCCACGACGAGACGGCAGUUACGGUUCUGGACGCAGUAAGCAUUUGAAGGACAUAUUUGUAUCAACAGCAUGCCUUGGUGGAUAUGGUUAUAGAAGAAGUGGCCGAGAUAAAUAUGGCCCUCCCACUCGCACAGAGUACAGACUUAUUGUGGAGAAUUUGUCAAGUCGGUGCAGUUGGCAAGAUCUAAAGGAUUAUAUGCGACAGGCAGGAGAAGUCACCUAUGCAGAUGCUCACAAGGGACGCAAAAAUGAAGGAGUAAUUGAAUUUGUAUCUUAUUCUGACAUGAAAAGAGCUUUGGAAAAGUUGGAUGGAACUGAAGUCAAUGGCAGAAAAAUCAGAUUGGUUGAAGACAAGCCAGGGUCUAGACGGCGCCGGUCCUACUCCAGGAGCCGGAGUCACUCAAGGUCUCGCUCUCGAAGCAGACAUUCUCGGAAAAGUAGAAGCCGAAGUGGCAGCAGCAAAAGCAGUCGAUCUCGGUCCAGGUCAGGCUCCCACUCCCGGAGCAAGAGCCGCAGUCGCAGCCAGAGUCGCAGCCGCAGCAAGAAGGAGAAAAGCAGGAGUCCCAGUAAGGAUGACAAGAGCCGCAGCCGCAGCCACAGUGCUAACAAGAGCCGCAGCAAGAGUAAAGACCACGCUGAAGACAAGAUCCAGAACAAUGACAGCGCUGGGAAGCCCAAGAGUCGGAGUCCCAGCCGGCACAAGAGCAAGAGUAAAAGUAGGAGCAGGAGCCAGGAGAGGAGAGUGGAAGAGGAAAAGCGAGGGAGCGUGAGCAGGAGCCGGAGCGAAGAGAAGAGCCGGAGCCAGGAGAAGAGCCUCCUCAAGAGCAGGAGCCGCAGCAGGAGCAAAGCGGGCAGCCGCAGCCGCAGCCGCAGCAAAAGCAAGGACAAGAGGAAGGGCAGGAAGAGAAGCAGGGAGGAGAGCCGCAGCCGGAGCCGCAGCCGCAGCCGCAGCAAGAGCGAGCGAAACAGGAAGCGCAGCAGCAAGCGCGACAGCAAAGGGGGCAGCAGCAAGAAGAAGAAGAAGGAAGACACUGACCGCUCCCAGUCCAGGUCACAGUCCCGGUCAGUGUCAAAGGAGCGAGAACCAGCCAAGGCUGAGUCUGGCCAGAGGGAAGGGCGCGGGGAGAGUGAGGAUGCCGGCCCCAACCCGGAGGCCCAGGCAAGGUCAAGAUCCAAUUCCAAAUCAAAACCAAACCCUCCGACAGAAUCACGCUCCAGAUCAAAGUCAGCUUCAAAAACCCGAUCUCGGUCCAAGUCUCGAUCCAGGUCUGCUUCCAGAUCGCCCUCCCGGUCUAGAUCCAGGUCCCAUUCAAGGUCCUAACAGGCUACGACCACGGCUGGAACUACCGGAGAAGUCUUUUGUACAUGUUUGGUAGCCGUAGCACAAGUGAUUGAGGUAGAACAUCCAUCACUGCUGUACAUUUUUAACCCCCCUAAUGGUGUGUCUAUAAUUGUUAAAUCUAAGUGCUUCCUCUCAGUAAAGCCUCUUGGCGCCAGGCCUUCCUGCUCGACUGAAAAAAUCUCUCUGAAACUCCCUUUCCUCAUGGCCCACAGUAGAAUAUCCAAAACGCCUUGGCAUUCAGGCCUGGCCUUUCCUAUAGGGAGCUCAGUACCUGGACAGCAUUAAGGCUGGAAUGAUGGCAUAGGUAGGUAUGGUGAGUCCAACCAUUUUUUGCCCUUGAAUUGAUGCCCUUUGAUGUAUGCCAUUUAGUGAAAGUGCUAAGUCUUCAGUUUCCUACCACUUUGGUUUCAUAUUUUUGGACUUAACAAAGUUGUGAAUAGCACAGUCGAGAAAAAUUGAUACCUGCAGUAACCCAUAGGAAAUAAACUGUAGAGUUCCAUAUUCUGGUAUUGUGAUUAUAUUGUUUUAUAUUAAAAAAAGAAAAGAAUUUUUUUUAAUUUUAUUUUUCCCCGUCUUGCAAAGUAUAGUGACCCCUGUUUCCAUUAAAUUUGAAUAAAGACUAUUUUUGCUUGACAAAA